AUGACACAACCAUCGCAAGAUUUGACACUCACUCACGGGUUCGGCUCGAGCCAUGAUUCCAACGUUUAUAUGAGCCAAUAUACGUCUCAAGGCCCAAUGCCCUCCAGCCUGCCACAAGGUCCUGUGGGAUUAGGCCAAUAUCCACCUCAAGGCCCCGAGCUCUCAAGCCAAACCCAAGCGUCAGUGCCGGGUAAUCCCGUAUUAAUCCAAUAUGCACUAGAUGACUCGGCUCGAGGCGGACGAGGCCAAACUCUCAAGGAUUGGGAACGCCUAGAGCUCCUCAAAAUUUGUGUUGAGAAUCAAACUGUCCUAGUUACUGAGACAAAGACUAGUUAUUGGAGACAAGUGAGCAUGCGAUUCGAAAAACAGACUAGGCGCAGAUAUUCAGCUCAAUCCUGUGAGAAAAUGGUCAUGCAGCUUGUGCAGAGCCGGCGCCAAUAUCUCAAGGAGCACGUGACUGGCAAUUCAGUGGGUGAAUAUACGGAAAUAACGCCAUUUGUUGACGAGAUGAUCACUGUACUCGACCAAGUCGAUGAGAAUAUACGUUUGAAGGCUCAAGAAGCCAAAGAACGUCAUGAAGAAUUGGAGCAAGAUCUACAGCACCGUGACGAGAUAAUGCAGCAUCCUCCUCGGAGGCACGUAAAGAGCGCAAAUCGCGGCGCAGGACACGAAGUUCAACACCCAGCAGCUCCCAAUUUGAUCCAGAUGAGGCGAUUCUUUCGGAAAUUUCAGGAAUUCGAGAGGCAAUUGCUCAAGAUUCGUCAAACAAUAGGCGAAUUACCCAGCUUGAGGAUCAAUAUCGUCUUCCGCAAGAGAUAG